GGCGUCGCCCGCGCGCCCCGUGCGUGGCAGAGACCCGGAAGCGCGGCGGCGGCGGCGGUAGGUGGCGGAGGCCGCCGGUCUCAGCCCCGGUCCCGUCAUCGCUCCGUGCCGGAGGACUGGAGCGGUGCCAGAGAGCCUGUGAAGAUUCCCAGCUGGCUUGCUUCAGACUUCAAGAAAGGCACAACUGAGGGUGCAUUUCCUGUCAUGGUGAACAAGAGGCAUAAUGGCAACCUGCUCGUGCACCUGGGACCCAAACUCCAGGCCUACCCGGAGGAGCUGCUCCGGCAGCGGCGAGGCCACGACGGCCAGCCUGAGUACCUUAUCCAGUGGAGUAUCGUCAGCUUGGAAGAGAAGACAGUGGGAAGCAGCAGUGCCUCCUCUGCAGAGACCAAGCCGGAGAACAUCUCGAUGUGGAUGUCGGCAGAAGAGGUCUGUGCCAGCUGCCCGGCGCUGCUGGGCAAGAGGAAGCUGGAAGGGCAGUGGGUGAAGGAGGAGAAGGCAGCCAGCCCGUUGGCUGUGCCGCUGGAUGAAGCCUCGCUGCUGGAGAUGAAGGCUGAUGUCAGGAGCCUGGUGCAGCGAGCUGGCCGGCAGAUGGCCGAGACUGGGGCUCCCGAGUCCUCCAUCCUCAACACCAUCCACGUGCUGAGCGCCUACGCCAGCAUUGGCUUGUUGGCAGGUGCCUUCAAGGAGACGGGAGCCCUGGACUUGCUGAUGAAGAUGCUGUGCCACAAGGAGAAGCAAAUCCGCCGCAGCGCCGGCAAGAUGCUGAGGGCCCUGGCUUCGCAUGAUGCAGGAAGCCGGGCCUAUGUCCUGCUGUCCCUGAGCCAGCAGGAUGGCAUUGAGCAGCACGUAGACUUCGACGGUCGCUACACCUUGCUGGAGCUGUUUGCUGAGAUGAUGUCUUCUGAAGAGCACUGCAUGUCCUUUGAGGGGAUUCACCUUCCCCAGAUCCCUGGGAAGCUCCUGUUCGUCCUGGUGAAGCACUACCUGUGUGUCACUUCUCUCAUGGACAAGCUCUGCAGUGGUGUGGAGCCGGGAGGGGAGCAGCAGGACUGCGCCGUGCCCAACCUGCUGGCCGAGGAGAGGAGCCGUGCGAAGCAGGAGUUUGAGUUCAGCAUGGCGAUGGCCAACCUCAUCUUGGAGCUGGCGCACGUGAUGGGCUGGGACCACAGCCCCAAGGCAGAGCUGCCGCCCCGAGGGGAGCUGCGGCCUCGCGCCCCACACUCCAUCUUCCAGCACAAGACCCCUGCCUGCCCUACAGCCCAAAUGCCCGUGCUCGCUUCAAAUCAAGGUCCUCACAGAAAGCAGGGUCGUGUCUUCCUCACCCCGUCGGACUUCGCAGACCGCAGUGGCUACGUGGAGUACUUGCAGGCAAACCUGGUGCGCGGCAUGAGGGUGCGCUUGCUGGAGGACUGCGGUGAUGUUAGAGCUGGGGAGGAAGGCGAGUUUCUUCAGAGCACUAAUAGCAUGCACACAGUGCAGGUGCAGGACCUUGAACCUGAUGAGGUUCACAUGGGCCUGCUUCUCCAGCUUGCCCAGGUGCCUCUGGAUGGCAUCCCAUCCCCCAGCCUGUACUGGUACAGGGGGGUGGUCCUGAACCAGGUGCAGGACCUUGAACCUGAUGAGGUUCACAUGGGCCUGCUUCUCCAGCUUGCCCAGGUGCCUCUGGAUGGCAUCCCAUCCCCCAGGAUAGCUUCUAGAAGUAUCUGUUCCAUGAUCUUCUCAGGCACAGAGGUGAGGCUGACAGGUGCAUUUCCUGUCAUGGUGAACAAGAGGCAUAAUGGCAACCUGCUCGUGCACCUGGGACCCAAACUCCAGGCCUACCCGGAGGAGCUGCUCCGGCAGCGGCGAGGCCACGACGGCCAGCCUGAGUACCUUAUCCAGUGGAGUAUCGUCAGCUUGGAAGAGAAGACAGUGGGAAGCAGCAGUGCCUCCUCUGCAGAGACCAAGCCGGAGAACAUCUCGAUGUGGAUGUCAGCAGAAGAGGUCUGCGCCAGCUGCCCGGCGCUGCUGGGCAAGAGGAAGCUGGAAGGGCAGUGGGUGAAGGAGGAGAAGGCAGCCAGCCCGUUGGCUGUGCCGCUGGAUGAAGCCUCGCUGCUGGAGAUGAAGGCUGAUGUCAGGAGCCUGGUGCAGCGAGCUGGCCGGCAGAUGGCCGAGACUGGGGCUCCCGAGUCCUCCAUCCUCAACACCAUCCACGUGCUGAGCGCCUACGCCAGCAUUGGCUUGUUGGCAGGUGCCUUCAAGGAGACGGGAGCCCUGGACUUGCUGAUGAAGAUGCUGUGCCACAAGGAGAAGCAAAUCCGCCGCAGCGCCGGCAAGAUGCUGAGGGCCCUGGCUUCGCAUGAUGCAGGAAGCCGGGCCUAUGUCCUGCUGUCCCUGAGCCAGCAGGAUGGCAUUGAGCAGCACGUAGACUUCGACGGUCGCUACACCUUGCUGGAGCUGUUUGCUGAGAUGAUGUCUUCUGAAGAGCACUGCAUGUCCUUUGAGGGGAUUCACCUUCCCCAGAUCCCCGGGAAGCUCCUGUUCGUCCUGGUGAAGCACUACCUGUGUGUCACUUCUCUCAUGGACAAGCUCUGCAGUGGUGUGGAGCCGGGAGGGGAGCAGCAGGACUGCGCCGUGCCCAACCUGCUGGCCGAGGAGAGGAGCCGUGCGAAGCAGGAGUUUGAGUUCAGCAUGGCGAUGGCCAACCUCAUCUUGGAGCUGGCGCACGUGAUGGGCUGGGACCACAGCCCCAAGGCAGAGCUGCCGCCCCGAGGGGAGCUGCGGCCUCGCGCCCCACACUCCAUCUUCCAGCACAAGACCCCUGCCUGCCCUACAGCCCAAAUGCCCGUGCUCGCUUCAAAUCAAGGUCCUCACAGAAAGCAGGGUCGUGUCUUCCUCACCCCGUCGGACUUCGCAGACCGCAGUGGCUACGUGGAGUACUUGCAGGCAAACCUGGUGCGCGGCAUGAGGGUGCGCUUGCUGGAGGACUGCGGUGAUGUUAGAGCUGGGGAGGAAGGCGAGUUUCUUCAGAGCACUAAUAGCAUGCACACAGUGCAGGUUUUAUGGCAGUCAACAGGUCAGACCUGCUGGAUGCGUUGGCACAUGUUGGAGAUUAUUGACUUCGGAGACCAGUGGGAAGAUGCUGCUGCUCAGGAAAAAGAAUAUAGUCUGAUAGAGAACGUUAACCUGGACACAGUUGGGCAGCCGUUUUUCUGCAAGCCCUUUGGGGGGCUCUACUCCCUGCCUUACCUGGGGGAGCAGCCGACCAAGGCUGCAGGGGCCCUGAGCCGCGCCGAGUGGUGGGAGCUGCUCUUCUUUGUGAAGAAGCUGGAAGCGCAGGAGCAGAAAGAGAUCACCUACCUCAUCCAGCAGGACCAGGGAGGGCAGGUGCAGCGGUUCCUGGAGGCGGCAGGGCAGGCGCCGGACCUCGUGGAGCGAUACUGCGGGCUGUACCAGCGCCUGCGCGGCGCCACGGAGGAGCUCUUUGGGCAGCAGGCCGCCUUCGUGCUGGCCCUGGGCCAGGGCUUCGCGGGGGCUUUGCUGCAGCUCUCCUUCCUUGCCACCCUGCACGUGAGCGAGCAGUUUGCCCGCUACCUGGACGGGCAGAUCCAGGAGCUCCACGGGGCCGGGGGCAGCGCGGGGCCGCUGCAGCGGCUGCAGCAGAUCCUGGAGCCCUUCGUCGUCUUCAGUGGCCUGGAGCUGGCCCACACCUUCGAGCACUUCUACCGGCACUACCUGGGUGACCGGCUGCUGGCGCAAGGGCCGUCCUGGCUGGAGGGAGCCAUCGUGGAGCAGAUCGGGCUGUGCUUCCCCAGCCGCUUCCCCCAGCAGAUGCUGAGCAACUUGGCGGAGUCGGAGGAGCUCCAGCAGCAGUUUCACCUCUUCCAGCUGCAGGAGCAGGACAGGCGGCUUCUGGAGCUGGAGCCGGGCCUGGAGGAGGCGCCGGCCCCGGUGGCGGAUGUGCCGGAGGUGAAGGUGCUGGCCCUGUCCCCGCGCUGCUGGCCCGUGUCCCCCUUCUGCUACAUGGAGGACCCCGGGAGGUUUUUCCCCGCGGCCCUGAGCUCCCCCCUGGAGGAGUUUGCCGAGUUCUGCCGGCGGAGCCAGAGCCAGCUGGGCUGGGAGUGCAGGAAGCCCCGGCGGUUGCAGUGGACGUGGCUGGGCCGUGCCGAGCUGCAGUUCGGAGACUGCGUCCUGCAGGUGUCCACGCUGCAGAUGUACAUCCUGCUGUGCUUCAACAGCGCCGAGGAGGUGGCUGUGGAGGCCCUGCUGCAGGCUACGGGGCUCCCCGCUGACCUGGUGCACCACGCGCUGACACCGCUGACCCACGGCGAGGGCAUCCUGGUGUGGAGAUGCCCCCCGGGAGCUCCAGGUGUGCUGCGGCUGAACCAGGCAGCCCUGGCCCACGCCUCCGGCCGCCCCCUGAGGCUGCUGCCCCGGCAGAGGUACCUGCGGGCAGAGAGGGCUGAAGUCAGCGCCCUGGAAAGGAAGAGGAACGUCCUCUGCUGCCUCAUCACCCGCAUCCUCAAGGCGGAGAAGCAGCUUCACAUCGACAACCUGGUGUUCAGGGUGAUCGAUGCCUGUCAGAAGGGCCAGUUGGGACCAGGGCUGCAGUUCCUGAGCUUCUGCUGCCACAGCGUGGACGUGCUGUCUUGUGUCCUGCACCUGCUGAACCAGGGCUAUCUCCGGCGCCAGGAGGAGAGGCCUCACGUCUUGGAAUACAUCUCUGCUGAACCCACCACACCUCUUGGGGGUCAGGCACAGAUGGUUUUCCAGGGCAGGCCACCAGAAGCGUCUCUGGAUGAGGACAGCACAGACAGCCUGUAUUGGUUGAAUCCUGGCAUAAGCAGGUCGGAGGAGUUUCUCAUGGCAAUGCUGCAGGUGCCAAUGGGGCACACCCUUAGCCCAGAAGAGGUGAAGCUGCUCAUGAACCAGACAGUACAGCAGGUCCAGGAUACUCUGAGCAUCCCGAAUGAUGUUGCUCAGCACCUCCUCAUGCACUGCCGGUGGAACGUGGAUUUCCUGAUCCAGUGCUAUGUGGAGAACCGUGAGACCCUGCUCAUCUCCUCGGGGCUGCAAGUGCGGGAUGUCCAGCCUGCCCUGAGCCCAGGCGCCCACUGCCCAGUCUGUGUGAACCAGCUGUGUCCCACUGAGAAACCACCGACCCUCUGCUGCAUGCACUACUGCUGCAAGCCCUGUUGGAGAGAGUAUCUCACGACUCGCAUCGAACAGAACAUGGUUGUCAACUGUACCUGUCCCAUAUCCGACUGCCGUGCACAGCCAACGACAGCCUUCAUCUAUUCCAUCAUUUCCUCCGAGGAGAUUAUAGCCAAGUAUGAAAAAGCCCUCCUCCGAGGCUACGUUGAGUGUUGCUCCAACCUGACGUGGUGCACCAACCCUCAGGGCUGUGAUCAGAUCCUCCUUAAGGAUGGAUUUGGCUAUGGGGCAGCCUGUUCCAAGUGCUCCUGGAUAUCCUGCUUCAACUGCAACUUUCCAGAGGCCCAUUAUCCUGCCAGCUGCAGCCACAUGUCUCAGUGGGUGGAUGAUGAUGGGUACUACGAGGGAAUGACAACUGAAGCCCAAAGCAAACAUCUGGCUAAGCUCAUUUCGAAGCACUGCCCAAGCUGUCAGGCUCAGAUAGAGAAAAAUGAGGGGUGCCUGCACAUGACGUGUGCCAAGUGCAAUCACGGCUUCUGCUGGAGAUGCCUCAAGCCCUGGAAGCCAACUCACAAGGAUUAUUACAACUGCUCCGCUAUGGUGAGCAAAGCAGCUUGGCAGGAGAAGCGUUUCCAGGAUUACAAUGAGAGAUGCACCUUUCAUCAUCACGCAAGGGAAUUUGCCACGAGUCUGAGGAAGAGGGUUUCUUCCAUCAGUGAGAUGCCAAAAAUUAGGACUUUGACCUUUGUUCUUGAUGCCUGCAAAGCACUAGAACAGGCACGGAAGGUGCUGGCCUACUCCUGUGUGUACAGCUACUAUAACCAGGACACCGAGAGCAUGGAUAUCGUGGAACAGCAGACUGAGAGCCUUGAGCUCCACACUAAUGCUCUGCAAAUCCUUCUGGAGGAAACCCUGCUGCAGUACCAGGACCUGGCCUCUUCCCUUCAGCUCCUGAAAGCAGAGCAUUUCAGUGCUGGUUUGGAGUUGGUACACCAGAUCAAGAGGCGGCUCUUUGCAAUUCUCUGGCACUCCACCCAGGAUUUCCACGUUGGGCUCCAGACUUUGGCAGAUCCUGCCCAGAAAAAGGUGAAACUCUCCAAUGUGCCUACUUCAGCCCCUGCCUGCGUGGGGCUGAAGCGUAGCGUCUUGUGUGACUCCCCCAACGCAGAGGAAGGUGGCAAAGAGGGUGAAGAUGAGGAGUACGAGCCGCAAUGGCAGGAAGAUUAUGACGACGACGAUGACCUCGAUGAAGACAACUUUCUGUUUGACGACGAGUCGGAUAACCUUGAUUGUGACUCCUACUUCGAUGAUGAUGAUGCUUAUGAUUAGACUUGGGGCCUCACCCA